AUGAAGGCUGCCUAUAUCCUCUCUCUGGUCACUGGCAUCGCCGCCGCGGAGCCCAUGGUGUUUCUGAUCCGCCACGGCGAGAAGCCAGCAGACGAUGGCCAGCCAGGACUGAGCGCCCAAGGCAAGCAGCGCGCACAAUGCUUGACACAGGUUUUCGGCCCCGAAUCCAACUACCAUGUUGGCUAUAUCUUGGCACAGGCCUACAAGCCAGACGGCUCAAGGAAACGCCCCUUCGACACCGUCUCGCCACUCACGCAGCGCCUUGGCCUCACUGUUGACGUCUCGUGCGACCGCGAUGACAGCAAGUGCGUCAGGAAAGCUGUCCAAAAGUACAAGGGCCCCGGAAACAUCUUGAUCUGUUGGGAGCACAAGGCGUUGAGUGACAUCGCCGAGGAACUUGGUGCCGACAGCGCCCCAAAAUAUCCCAAGAAACGAUUCGAUGAGAUAUGGAUCGACCCGUGGCCAUACAGCCAGAUUACGGAUAUUGUUUCUGAAAACUGCCCGGGCCUGGAUGACUAG